AACUAAGACUUGUAUUGCUUGCUCUCAGACUGCCCAUUUUGUUUCAGACAUGGAACAGGAGUAUGCAGUUCCAGAAUGCCCAAUUUGCUUUGGAUCUUAUGAUAAUGUCUUCAAAACUCCUCUCCUGUUGCCUUGCAAUCAUACCUUCUGCAUGGAGUGUUUGUCCAAGCUUUGUGUCUUUCAGAAAGAGAUGGAAGCAUUUUGCUGCCCCAUCUGCAGGGCCACGGUCACCAUCCCACAGGGGGGCAUCCCACACUUACCCCCUAACAUGGAUAUUGUCUCCCAUUUCCCGCCAUGGAUGAGUCAGCUGCAGAAAGUGUGGCUUGAAGGGUCUAAACUUUGUUGGAAGAAAGAUCAUGGGCAGACCUACACCAGCAGUACCAGAAAUUCUCUGUCUCACUUCCCACAAGGACAAGAUGAAAAUAUCAUUAUCACAGUCUAUCUACUGGGGGCUGCUCAGCCCCGCUUCUCUCAGUCACGGGACAUAACCACGGUUACUCGACAGCCACACUACCACCGCUGCCACUUAAUGUUGAGAAAUUAUGGAUGCCUCUUGUGGAUUUUCACCUGCUGUAUUCUUGUGCUGUUUUUCGUUGUGUUUUUUCCUACAUAUCUGCGUAUUUAA